CCGCGCCCACGUGACCGGUGUUAAAGGGGCGCGUGGCGCGCGCGGCGGCCCAGAGCCCGUGCCGCUGGCGGCGGCGGGAGCGCUGCUGCCGGGCGCGGGGCGCGGGCGCGGGCGCGGGCGCGGGGCGAGCAUGGGCGCGCGGGCCCGGGCCCGGGCCUGAGCCCGAGCGCAGCGGCGCGGGGUCCCCCGCGGGGGCGGCCGCGGGGCUGCGCCGGCGGGAUGACCGGGGUGUUCGAGAGCCUGGCGCCGGACAUGCACGCCGCGCACAUCUCCGCGGGCAGCUACCAGCCGCCCGGCGGCCUGCACAAGCCGCAGGAGUCGCCGACGCUGCCCGUGUCCACCGCCACCGACAGCAGCUACUACACCAACCAGCAGCACGGCGCCGCGGCCGCGCCGCCCUACCCCGCCGUGGGCUCCUACCCCUACGCGGGCGCGGGCGGCGGCGGCGCCGCCCCCUACGCCGCCAAGGCCGGCUACGACCUGGGCUACGCGGGCGCGUACGGCUCCUACGGGCCCUACGGCUCCAGGGCCUCCCCGGCCGACAACGACUCCGCAGAGAAGGAGGACUGCGAGGCCGCGGUGCGCGUGGCGAGCGGGAAGCCGAAGAAGGUGCGCAAGCCCCGCACCAUCUACUCCAGCUUCCAGCUGGCCGCGCUGCAGCGGCGCUUCCAGAAAACCCAGUACCUGGCGCUGCCCGAGCGAGCGGAGCUGGCCGCCUCCCUCGGCCUCACGCAGACGCAGGUGAAGAUCUGGUUCCAGAACCGGCGCUCCAAGUUCAAGAAGAUGUGGAAGAGCGGCGAGAUCCCCGCCGAGCCGCCGCCGCGCCGCAGCGCCUCGCCGCCGCCCGCCUCGCCGCCCGCCUGGGACCUCGCCGCGCACCCGCGCGCCGCCGCCAGCCCCGGCGCCGCCGCCGCCGCCUUCCUCGGCAGCUACGCGUGGUACCCGCCGGGCGCCGCGCUCCCGCAGCCGCCGCCCCACCACGGCGCCGGCGGCCUCUUCUAGGCGCCGAGGGACUUGCGCCGGGGCGGCGCCGGGGCGGGGGGCUCCGCGCCCCCGGGGCCGCGGGCGAGCGGUGCCCGGCCGCCCGCCCCCGCCCCGUCUCUCUCGUCGGAUCGGCGGCGCAGAACUGGGGUUGAUUUUGUUUUUUAUUUUUGUAAAGUCGAUAGGUGCCUUUGCGGAUGACCUCAUUUUGAUGUCGGGGACUAAGAAAUAAAGUGAUAUAAAGAUAAAUAAUUUUUAUAUGUAGAUUAAAAAUAAGAACCUCCCGUGUUUAAGUUGUUACCUUUUUUAGCCGCGUACGAAAGUGUCCCGCGAGGGGGAGCGGGCGCGGAGGGAGGCCGCGGCGCCGCUGUCGCCCCGGGGGAGGCCCCGGCCGCCGGUCGCUCCCGGGGGGGUCGCGGAGCCGCUGCGCCCCCCCCGCCGCGGCCGCCGGCAGAGCAGAGCCGCUGGUGCUGCCCCUGCACACCUCGAUGUUUAGACCCGUGAAACACAACAAAACCAAGCAGAAAAGGGUAUGUGGGGUUAUUUAUUAUGGAAAACUUAAACACUCUUUAAUGUUUCUUUUACAAUAAGCAGAGAUUAUUUAAAUAAAUUAUUGUUUCCAUGGUG